AUGCAAGCCAAUACAGCCGAGGAGCAGUCUCAAAGUGAAACAUUGCCUGGUUGGCAGCUAGGGAAAAACCUAGGAACUUGUUUAAGAGAACUAUAUGACCAGAAACUGUGGACAGACGUAAAGUUCCGCUGUAAAGAUCACGACGACGACGAGAGAAUCCAUGCUCACAAGUACUCGUGUUGUGUUACGUUACUCAAGACGAUCCUGACGGCAGGAAGUCCUGUAUUCCAGGCAAUGUUUUUCGGAGCAUUAACAGAAAAUAAAGAAGAAGUUCAACUCGAAGAUGCUGAAAAGAGGAUAUUCGAUUUAUUCUUGAGGUACGUUUACACUGACACAGUGACAUUAGAAGACGGUACGGCUACUAAACUACUACAAAUAGCCCAUCUAUAUCAAGUUGCGGGUCUAGUACAACUCUGUGCCGAAUACCUAGCAACGAUCAUCAGAACAGAAAACGCUUGUGGAAUUCUAACAACUGCGCUCGUUUAUAACAUUUCUAGUCUCAAGAAUGCAUGUUGCUCUUUCAUUGACCAAAAUGUCCAGGCAAUCCUUAAUUCAGAAGCAUUAAUGGAUUUAAAAGAAGACGGUUUGCUACAUAUUCUAAAAGGUGACACUUUUAAAGCGGACGAGGUAGACAUUGUUUUGAAGGCAGAAGAAUGGUCCAUUAAAAAGCUUAAAGAGAGUGGACUAGAACAAAAUGGCGACAACAUUCGGAAAACACUUAGAGGAGCAUUUUAUCAGCUAAGACUCCCAACUAUAUCGUAUCAAGCAUUGGUGAAAUGUACACAGAAUAAAGGGUACUUGUCUGUCGACGAAUACAUGAAUAUCGUUGAUUUUAUAAACGGUAUUCCUGACACUUCCGUUACGAGUAAUUCUUGCAUAGCCCGGAUCCCAGUGAAUGAAUCAUUGAUUAUGAAAGAAGCUGAAAGCGAAGAAAGCAUGAGGCACCACAGCCUUUCCGCUUCGUUUGAUAUACAUGUUUUAAAAGAUGUAGAAUUGUUAAGUUUUGGUGUGUGUGGUAUUGAACUAUGUUUACUGUAUGACCAUUGCAAAAAUACACAUAACACAGAGACGGAGAUUGCUACCUGGAACACUACACUGGAAGACGUUUUCGUGGAAUAUGCAAAUAAAGUCAUAAAAUUGAAGAAAAAAACUGGGACCGUGACCGUGAUCGUAAAAGAACAGUUCGUGAGUAUCAAGAAUUGUCAGGAUUAA